AUGGCUUCACCUCACCUUUGGACACCUGCUCUUGAACCACGAACUAUUAUAAAUCCCUGGUAUAGACAUGCUAUAAUUAAUGAGACAAUCGCUUUGGACAGAGAAGAGGAAGAAUAUGAAGCACAGUUACAUUCGAUAAGAAUUAAAGAAAUUUUAGACACAUCAGAAGAAUUGUUACCUACAACACCUCCAGGAGAAUCUUCUAGGGCCAUGGAUGUUUCUGAAUUUGAAGUGUUGGGCACUGAAGGCACUGAAGAAUAUGUUAUGUUUUAUCCGGAAUAUCAUCAGCAGUUACUAUACAUGUUUCAGGGAUUAAGGAUAAAUAUUACUAAUACGGUGAAAUCAAUUGCCUCAUUAGCUGGAUUAGAAACAGAUGAUGAUACAGUUUGGGACAUUGAAUUAUUCGAGUAUUCGUUUCGGAUGUAG